AUGUUUCACCAGACAGCGGUGAUUACAACACUGCUCACCCUCGCAACCGGUGUUGUAUCAUCUCGCAGCCAAGCUUGCACUGCCAGAAGUUUCGCAUCCCUCAAUCUCAAAGGAAUUCACAUCAAAUCUCUUAAUGUUACAGCCGCGCAUGAGCUUUCGACUAGCGGCCGCAAUGCUACUGGAGGUGUCGGCAUUAUACCUGACGUUCCUGGUACCCCAGUAGCCACGGUGAAUGCCUGCUUGAUCCAAGUGACGUACACUCACCCUGGCCAGCAUGACGAAGUGAACGCUUAUAUCGGUCUUCCUUUCAACCGACAGGAUUGGAAUUCUCGUUUUGUCAUGGACGGUGGUGGUGGCUGGUCCGCCGGCGGCGAGAGUACAAUUCUUUCGCCACUCUUGGAGGGAUACGCAACAUCUUCAACAGACGGUGGACACGACAACAAUGCAUUGACUGCGGAAUGGGGUCUCACCAAGCAAGGCAAGACCAACUGGCCGGCGCUGAUUGACUUUUCUAGCCUGGCUAUUGCUGAAGCAGCCAAGCUCGGAAAAUUGGCAACCAAGAUCUACUACGGAAGAGACCCACACUACUCAUACUGGCAUGGAUGCUCGACUGGUGGAAGACAGGGACAUGCAAUGGCACAAGAAUACCCCGAGCUCUUUGAUGGAAUCGUCGGUGGUGCCCCGGCAGUGAGUUGGGACAAAUUCGCUCCGGCUGGCUGGUGGGCUCCCUUCAUGGCUCAGCUGCUUGAUACCCGUCCACCAACUUGUGUUCUUGAUGCCUUUACGGCUGCGGCCACUGCGGCAUGCGAUGAGCUCGACGGCGUGAAAGACGGCAUCAUCGCCUUGCCAGGACAGUGCCACUUCAAAGCCUCUUCUCUCGUCGGUCAAAGGAUCAACUGCACCGAGCCUGCCGGAGAAAUCACUAUCACCAAGAAGAUGGCCAAGCUAGUUGAGGCUAUCUGGGAGGGACCUCGAUCCAAAGAUGGUCGAUUCGAAUGGUAUGGCUUCCACUACGACUCCAGCCUCACCUCAAUGCUCGGGACAACUUGCACAUCUGUCGACAACUGCACGGUCAUUCCAUUCCCAGUUGCCGACGACUGGGUCAAGGUUUUCUUGGCCAGGGAUCCUUCCUUCACUCCCGAGGGUCUUAACCGCGAUGAUUACGACCACCUUUUCCGCCAGUCAAUUGAGCAAUAUUCAUCCGUUAUUGGAACUUCGAGCCCAGACCUUUCCAAGAUGAAGCACGUCGGUACCAAGCUACUCGCAUGGCACGGAAUGGCCGACCAGCUGGUCCCAACGAACGGAACAGUCGACUACUAUACGCGCGCCACUGCAUUCGAUCCUCAUGUUUCGGACUACUACCGUUUCUUCCUGGCACCUGGAGUCACCCAUUGUGGAUACGGUAUUGGAUUCGAUCCCAGCCAGACUGUCUUCGGCGCUAUGCGGGCCUGGGUUGAGAACGGCACUAUCCCUGAUCGCCUGGAGGCUGUGGCUUCUGCCGUGGGAACUUCGGACGCCACUGCAAAGCGUACAGGCUAUCUUUGCCCAUACCCCCAAGUUUUCACCUACAAGGGAGGUGACCCCUAA